UGCUAUGGCCAUCAACUCCGAUUACAGAGCGCUCUCGUUUUAGUCUGCCAGAGCGCAGAAUAACUGACGAAUUUAUGAACGCUCAACAUGCUUUGAAUAUGACGGGAGUCAGUAAACAUCGGCAAGCUAGCUAACUUUAGCCAGUUAGCUAGGGUGCUUGACUGCCAUUGUGAGGUCAGAACGCUCGGAUCAACCCUACUCCUCGGCCAGAUCGAAACGCUCUGAUAUUAACGAACGUCCAGAGCGCAGUCUGAACGCACUCUGGCACUCCAGAAUGAAUUUACGAACACACCCCAAACAAGUUGCUCUCCAAGGCUCGGAAGACAUUCAUAGACAGUGUGACGAAGCCAGUGAUCAAGCAGCUCCUGGAUGACCUUUUGGAGGACAAGGUGCUGAACGAUGAAGAGACAGAAUCGGUGACGGAGGAGAACAGCACUAGGGCAGAGCAGGCACGAUGCCUUAUCGAUAUGGUGCGGAAGAAAGGGAGCAAAGCCAGUGACAAGAUGAUUGCCAGAGUUCAGGAGAGAGAUCCUGGACUUUAUGACAAAAUGGGUCUGGCCCCCACACCAUCAUCGCCCCAGUUAUCACAGCAGGAGGAGCAGCCAGUGUCCUCUGUCCUCACCCCCAGCACAAAUGACUUUAAGAAGGACAUUCUUCAGAGGAAGGGUAGCGAGAUUUACCUUCCAAUGGAUAAGUCUGGUCGGAAGCGUCUGGCCCUGCUCAUAAACAACGUGGAGUUUGAUGAUAAGAACAUGCUGAGACGAGGGGCAGAGAAGGACGAGGAGGACGUGGAGAGGCUUCUCAGGGAUCUGGGAUAUGAUGUGGUGAAACACAGAAACCUGUCUGGACAGGAGAUGGACGAGGCUGUGAAAGCGUUCUCUAAACGUGAGGAGCACUUAUUGUCGGACAGCGUCUUCGUGGUGAUGAUGUCUCACGGGGAGCUGGGAGCCAUCAUGGGUGUCCAUUACAAGAAAGGGGACCCUAAUCUUGACAUCUUCCCCAUCAACAACAUCUUCACACACCUGAACACAGAGAACUGCAAAGCACUGAUUAACAAACCCAAAGUCAUCCUCAUUCAGGCCUGCAGGGGAGGCAAGGAUGGGUCUGUUUGGGUCAGUGACACAGUGCCUGGGUCCAGCCUUGACCUGGGGUUAGAGAGUGACUCAUUUAGGAGGGAGCACAAAGAGAAGGACUUCAUCUCCCUCCUGUCCUGCACACCAGAUACUGUGUCCUACAGAGAUCCAGAGAUGGGCACCCUUUUUGUCCAACGCAUCAUGGAGACAUUCAACACCUAUGCCUGUGAUGAUCAUAUAGAAGAAUUGUUCAGGAAGGUCAUGGGACGCUUUGAAGAUUUCCCCAGACAGAUGCCGACCAAAGACAGAGCCACUCUAACAAAGCACUUCUACCUCUUCCCAGGCCUCUGAGAAGUUAUGAUGAUUGAUUCAUUGUACUGUAAUCACAAUGGAGGAAUAAGGGAGCAGCAUAUUUUCUGUUAUUUUGUAUGAAAGUGUUUGGUAGACACUCCUUUUAAGAUCAUCACCAGUAUGUUUUAAAUUUAUACUUAUAAUGAACCUUUUAACAUUAUUUUAUCUGCAAAUUGUUUAUAAUCUGCAAAUGAUAAUAUCCUCCUGUAGAGCUACUGGGUAGCCUAUGUUGUCUUGUGCCAGCCCUGCUCUAACACACCUGAUUCGGCUAAUCAACGCCAAGAUGUGUUAAAGGUGUGUUAGAUCAGAGCUGGAACAAAAACGUAUUGGGUACUAGGUUACCCAGUAACUAGAUUGGCCACUCCUGUUUUAACAUUUGGAAGAUAAGUAAAAUAAGUCUCUGUGACAAAAGCAAUAUUUGCCGAAAUAAAAAUAUUUCACUGCACUCAAAAA